UGUCAAAAAUGACUGCUCCCGUCGGGUCUCGCUCACUUUUUCGCGGUGUUUUAUCAUUGAUUUCAAAAAGCAACGGAAAUGUGCCGUUUAUCGGGUACAGUCAGAUGACCAGAAGUUGCCAUAGCAUCGUUGAUGAUGAGUAUGACAUUGUAAUAGCUGGUGGUGGUAUGGUCGGCACCACUUUGGCCUGUGCUCUAGCCAACAAUAAACGGCUUCAAGAUAAAAAGAUACUCUUACUCGAACGAGGAAAGCAUCAAACGUUUGUACCUAAGGAGCAGUAUUCCAACCGAGUGGUUGCAUUAAAUAAACAUACCCGCAUAUUACUAUCCAGUAUUGGUGUAUGGAGACACAUACAGGCAGUACGAUUCACUCCAGUCAAAAAAAUGCAGGUGUGGGAUGCUUGCUCAGAUGCUAUGAUUACAUUCAAUGAAGAUUAUUUGACCGAUGAAUUAGCUUACAUUGUUGAAAAUGACUUACUCUUGCAUGCAGUCAGUACUCAGUUGGCAGAGAAAAAAUCAGUAAAAGUUAUCAAUGAUGCAAUAAUUGAAGACGUUGCUUUACCAAUUUCCUUUGGUUCUGAAUCAGUUAUUCAUUUAAAAAGUGGAGAAAAAUUCAAAGCUCAACUUUUGAUUGGCGCUGAUGGGCAGAGAUCAAUAGUUCGCCAGGCAAUGGGCGUCAAAUAUGUUGACUGGGACUAUGACCAGAUGGCCAUCGUAGCCACUGUUAAGUUGUCAGAGUCAACUGAAAACGUUGUUGCAUGGCAGAGAUUCUUACCUGGUGGACCUGUUGCUCUUUUACCAUUAUCAGACUCGCAAAGUUCUCUUGUAUGGUCUAUGAAAACGGAUGAAGCAAAACGAUUAUUAGAAGUUCCUGAAGAAGAGUUUAUUGACAAUUUAAAUGAUGCUUUGUGGAAAGUGUAUCCAAAAGAUGGUAUCGUAGAAGGUGGGAUGAAAGCUUUACAACAAUUGCUUGAAAGUUUUCAACUACAUGCUGGAGUCUGUAGACAGUUGCAACCAUCAAUAGCUGGGCUUAUUGAAGGAUCACGUGCAGCGUUUCCACUUGGGUUUGGUCACGCGGUACAUUAUGUACAGCCUGGAGUUGCUUUGAUUGGGGAUGCAGCUCAUCGAGUUCACCCUUUGGCUGGUCAAGGUGUAAACUUAGGUUUCGGAGAUAUUUCAGCAAUGGUUCGAGUCCUUGAAGAUGCUGUGCAUAAUGGUGCAUUAAUUGGAGAUUUAAAUUAUUUAUACAAAUAUGAAAGCAUGAGGCAGUGGCAUAAUAUUCCUACUAUGCUUGGCAUAGAUGCUCUUCAUAGAUUAUAUAAAGGAACUGCACCACCCAUUAUUCUGGCAAGGAGCUUAGGCUUACAAUUGACAAAUGCCAUAAAACCUUUUAAAAAGUACAUAAUGCAGCAUGCAGCAGACCAGAAAAAUGUAUUAGGAGGUUAAAAGGUAGAAAGUCAAUGUGAUAUAAUGUACUACAUAUAGAAUUUUAUGUAAACUUUAUAUAAUGUACGUAGUUCUAUGUAAAUCGU